AUGGGUCGGGAAAAGGUGUGCCAGCUGCCAGUCUGGGGCAGACGGACAGGAGGAGGGGGACCCGCAGGGCAGCAUGACGGGUGGUUGAGAAGCCAGAGGGACAGCCGAAGAGUUGAGUGGCAGGGUGGCUGGCAGAUUAAAGAAUAGACGGGUAGGUGGACCGAGAGCAGGGAGACGGACAGGUUGAAACGUUGACAGCAAAGACACAUGGAGGAUCCAGAAGGCAGAGAGACAAGAACCUGGAGGUGGCCCACCACGGGCUCCAGCAUCUUUUUGUUCCUGUGUGUUACUGGGCUCAGCCACGCAGACGCGCUGAAGAUCUUUAAUGGCACAGAGUGCGUCCCUCACUCGCAGCCGUGGCAGGUGGGGCUGUUCGAGGGCGGCAGUCUGCGCUGCGGGGGGGUCCUCCUUGAUCGCAGGUGGGUCCUCACUGCUGCUCACUGCAGCGGCAGGUACUGGGUGCGCCUGGGAGAACACAGCCUCAGCCAGCUGGACUGGACAGAACAGUUACGGCGCAGCGCCUUCUCCGUGACCCACCCCAGCUACCAGGGAAGCCUGCAGAGCUAUGACCAUGACCUCCGGCUUCUGCGACUGGGCACCCCUGUCCUCUUGACAGGCAGUGUCCAGCCCCUGCCCCUGGCCACUACCUGUGCAGCAGCUGGCACUGAGUGCCACAUCUCAGGCUGGGGCAUUACCAAUAGACCAUGGAGCCCAUUCCCAGACCGGCUCCAGUGCCUCAACCUCUCCAUCGUCUCCAGUGCCACCUGCCAGGCAGCGUUCCCUGGGAGAAUCACUGACAACAUGGUGUGUGCCGGAGGCAUCGCUGGGGAGGAUGCCUGCCAGGGUGACUCUGGGGGUCCCCUGGUGUGCAGAGGAGUCCUUCAGGGUCUGGUGUCCUGGGGAUCUGUGGACCCUUGCGGGCAGAAAGGAGUCCCUGGAGUCUACACCAAUAUUUGCAAAUAUGUGGACUGGAUUCGGAUGGUCAUAAGGAACAACUGACAUGCUCCCUCCACCGCUCAGCUUGGGGACCACUCUGACCCUCAGAGUACCAACACCUUCUCCAUCAUCAUCCCCGCUCCCAUUCUUGUUUGUCUAGGGAUCUUCUUCCCCCAACUCUGACUCCAGCCAUCUAGGACCAUAGUUGGGCAAGGGGGGAGCAUGUGGUUAUCUGGAAUAAAUAUAACUGAAGAA